GGAGUCAGAGAUGGACCUCAUCGGCUUUUACUCAACUUUGAAGCAUAUGCCAAAACUCACCCAGAAGUUUUCCAUAACUGCUCUCUUCAUCAAUGUUCAUAAAACUCAAUCCAUCAACCGAUGCCAAUCAAAGCAAAGCAGCCUCUCUCUCUCUCUCUCUCUCUCAGGCAAUGAAGCUCACCAACCCCUCAAGCCCCACCACCACCCACGGCCCCUUUAGAUGAUGAGGCCGCGGCUCUCCGCCGUCAUCCUCGCCAUCGCCGCGGCCGUGCUCUCGGCCACCGACGCAUCCCAUGCCUUGGGCACAGGCUCCACCAUUGCCAUCAGCUACUCCUCUGCCACCGUGUGCGGCAUCGCCUCUGCCCAACCUAAGCAGAGGAUCAAAUGCUACCGGCGAGGGCAAGUAGUGGACUUGAGCCCCUACAUCUCCUUCUCCGCCAUCUCCGGCGGCGCCAACUCCGUCUGCGGGCUACGCUCCGGAGGCUACAGCUUCCUCUGCUGGGACAAUCUCGACGCUACCGACUCCACCCUCGUUCCCAAGAGAAUUUAUGGCGAUGACACUGUUCUGUUGGAGAAUAUCUCGGUUGGUGAUUAUCAGAUUUGUGCACAGGUCAACGGUACAAAACGAGUCAAAUGCUGGAGACGUAGCAAAUCGUUCUUUCCUCCUGAGGAUGAUGAAUUCGCUUCAGUCUCAUCUGGGUUCGGGUUUUCUUGCGGGAUUUCGGUGAAAUCGACUCAUGUUCAAUGUUGGGGCAGCAAUUCAAUUGCGGGGAAUAUAGAGAAUGGGUUCGGAACUAUGCCGAUGUCGAGUGUCGUAGCCGGUGGUGCUCAUGUUUGUGGAUUGAACACAACUGGGUUUGUGGUCUGCAGAGGAAGCAAUGAAGCUGGGCAAUUAGAUGUUCCCUUCAACUCGGCGAUGGAGUACUCACUCUUGUCUCUAGGUGCUAAUCACAGUUGCGCAAUCCGGAGACUGAACAACACCGUGAUCUGCUGGGGCGGCAAAGGGCAAUUUUUUACGAAAGAAACCGAGGGAACUUACUUUGAAACGAUUGCUUCGGGCGCGAAUUUCACUUGCGGGUUGACGACCAGCAAUUUCUCGGUAAUGUGUUGGGGUCCGGGAUGGAACAAUGGAUCAGGUCCUGAGCUGCUUCCGUUGACAGGGAUUUUGCCAGGACCCUGUGUUCAGUCCUGUGAUUGUGGCAUAUACACUGAGUCUCAGAGUCUUUGUUAUGAUUCGGGUGCUAUCUGCAAGCCUUGCCAGGUAGAGUUCUUGACGCCCGGGCCUCCGCCUCAGCCGCCAUCGGUCUCUCCUUCAUCUUCUCCAUCACAAGGCUUGAGGAAGAGCCUACUGGCAUUCGCGAUAGUCGGCUCUGUUGGGGCCUUUUCAGGCCUGUGCACGGCUAUAUACUUGUUAUAUACAGGGGCGUGUUUUGGGCACAAGAAGAUACACAACUCGGUGCAGCCAACAAUCACGAGGGCGAAUUCGAACAAUGCGACGAACUCGAACAGCGGCAAUCUCUUCAGAUCGUCGACCAUCCGGCGCCAGAGCUCGAGGGUAAUGAGCCGGCAGAGGAGCGGGCCCUCCUCUAAGCACGCCGACAGGGCCGAGGAAUUCUCGCUGGCCGAGCUCGCUGCGGCCACCAACUUCUUCUCCAUGGAGAACAAGAUUGGCGCGGGGAGCUUCGGGGUGGUCUACCGAGGCAAAUUGCCCGACGGCGGGGAGGUCGCGAUCAAGCGAGGCGAGACAGGGUCGAAGGCGAAGAAAUUCCAGGAGAAAGAGAGCGCGUUCGAUUCGGAACUAGCAUUCCUGUCGAGGCUCCAUCACAAACACCUGGUGAGACUAGUUGGUUACUGCACGGAGAAGGACGAGAGGCUCUUGGUCUACGAGUACAUGAGAAAUGGAGCUCUCUACGAUCACUUGCACGACAAGAACAACGUGAAGAUAUCGAGCAGCGUCCUAAAUUCGUGGAAAAUGAGGAUCAAGAUCGCGCUGGACGCGGCGAGAGGUAUCGAGUAUCUGCACAGUUACGCAGACCCUCCCAUCAUUCACAGAGACAUCAAAUCGUCCAACAUAUUGCUCGACUCGAAUUGGACCGCACGGGUCUCCGAUUUCGGCCUGUCUCUGAUGGAUCAUCAUCAUCGCCACCACCAACAACGCGAGUCGGACAGCGACCAGAGGCCGAUGGCGGCGGCCGGAACCAUUGGGUACAUCGAUCCGGAGUACUAUGGGCUGAACGUGCUCACGGCGAAGAGCGACGUGUACGGGCUCGGAGUGGUGUUGCUGGAGCUGCUGACGGGGAAGAAGGCGAUCUUCAAGGAAGGGGAGGGGGAGGGGGCGACGCCGGUGAGCGUGGUGGACUACGCCGUGCCGGCGAUAAUGGCCGGGGAGGUGGCGAGGGUGCUGGACGGGAGGGUGGCGGCGCCGGAGAAGGCGGAGGCGGAGGCGGUGGAGCUGGUGGCGUACACGGCGAUGCAUUGCGUGAAUCUGGAAGGGAAGGACCGGCCGACGAUGAGCGACAUAGCGGCGAACUUGGAGCGGGCUUUGAGCCUGUGUCAGGGGGACAGCCAUGGAAACAUCUCCAGCGGCGGAAUCUCCAUUGUUUCGGAAUGAAAAAGUGAAGAGAGAAGAGAAAAGAAAGCCAAAUUCAAUUUUUAUUUUUUAGAAAUUUCUGACUAAAUUUAAUUGUUUUUGUCUGAUUUAUUUUGCUGUAAACCGCAAUUAUCUUUUUUUUUUUUUU